AUGCAGCCGCGGCUCUGGCUUCUCCUGGCCGCGCAGCUUGCAGGUGAGGCUGGGUGCUGUGCCCACCAGCAGACCCCCGGGUCCCUGAUGGUCCAGACCAACCAAAAGGUGACAAUGACCUGCGAGACUAAAACCUCCCUGAGCAACAAGCGCAUCUACUGGCUGAGGCAGCGCCAGGCCCACAGCAAGGACAGUCACCACGAGUUCCUGGUCUCUGAGGAUUUCUCCAAAAACAUCACCUAUGGCAGGGGUGUGACACAGAGGACACUCGCGCUGUUGCGCAGCACCACCCGCUUCACUCUCAGCCUCAUGCACGUGAAGCCUGAGGACAGCGGUGUCUACUUCUGCAUGACCAUGGGAGCCCCCGAGCUGAUCUUCGGGACAGGAACCAGCCUGAGCGUGGUUGAUGUCCUGCCCACCACAGCCCAGCCCACCAAGAAGACAGCCCCCAAGAAGAGAGUGUGCCCAUCGUCCAGCCCGGGAACCCGGCAAGGCCUGCACUGUGGCCUCGUCACCCUCAGCCUGCUGGUGGCCAGCUUUCUGCUCCUCCUGCUGUCCCUGGCUGUGGCCGUCCACCUGUACUGCCUGCGGAGGAGAGCGAGGCUUCGCUUCAUCAAACAGUGA